CCGGGAGCGCGAAGUUUGAACUCUGGGUCCCGGGAGCGAACCAAACCACCGGUCGAUGGGAGGCGACCUGCCGCCGGAGCCCAAGGAUAAGGUUGCAACAUGAUGAUGUGGAAAAAACAAUUAGCUCAUUGAAUUCUUAAUAAACUGGAAAAGAGGACCCAACACGGGAACAUGGCUCCAAUAUUGGCUUGGCUCCAAUAUCCAGGAAAAAAUUGACUUUGAGACUCGGAUGCGGGAAGGAAUCUGCAAACUUCUUGUUGCCUCCACCCAACGGGAUCAGGCGCUGCAUGCUGCAAAAAAUCUGCUUACCUGUAAUGCUCGAAUCCGCAGCUACGUGGCAGAGGUACAGAGGUGUACUGAGAAACAAACCCUGCCCAAAGUGACAGGGAGGUUGUCAGACACUGAGAUAAAACAGCAUUCAGCAUGUUCUGGAAAAGUUGCAAUAUCCGAUAUUCGAAUUCCAUUAAUGUGGAAAGACUCUGAUCACUUCAAUAACCGAGGCAAGAGCCCACGGUUUGCCAUGUUUUGCUUGGUGAAGAUUCAUACUCAGAUUUUUGACACCGAGAUGGUUAUUGUGGAUAAGACGCUUACUGACAUCUGCUUUGAGAAUUUGAUGAUUUUUGAUGACGUGAAGCCAGAUUUCGAGUUGAAGUUGGAAGUGUAUAGUUCCUGCGUGGAGGAGGGGAGUUCAAUUAUCAACACUCCGAAGAGACUAGCCCGAAAACUCAGCACCUCUCUCAGCAGAUCAACAGGAAAGAGACGCACAUCUGCUCUGCAGAACGGAGACCUUGACUCCCUCCUACUUGCCAACCCAGUAGUUGUUGGUACCAAAUAUUAUCUGCUUGCCGAAGCCACACUUAAACUUGAUGAUGUUGAAAAUAGUUUCCGAACUCACAGUCUCACCAUCCUGGGAAAUGAGGAAUCUUCUUUUUGGUUGCCCUUAUAUGGAAAUUUGUGCUGCCGAUUAGUAGCUCAACCAGCAUGCAUGACCAUGGACAUGAUGACUGGGUACCUCAAUCUGGAGCAAAUGGUAGGAGGCCAGUCUAACUGGACGAGGCUAUACUGUGUCUUGAGAAGUGGCUAUCUCUCGGUAUAUUACUCUCCUGAAGAAAUCAAGGCACGAGUGGAUCCCACAUUGAAAAUAACCAUUGAUAAGGAAACAAGAAUCCGUGCCAUGGGCAAAGGUUCAAGGAUAAGGACGCACUGCUUGUCUCUCGUCAACCCCUACAGUGGUGAGACAGCAAGUCGCGUGUUUGCUGCAGACUGUAAAGAUGAUCUACUGCAGUGGAUGGAAGCUUUCUGGCAACACAUUGGUGAUAUAAGCCAGUGGAAGCAUUGUUGCAAAGAGCUUAUGAAAAUUGAGAUUAUGUCACCACGGAAACCACCUUUAUUCCUCACAAAACAAGCCACUUCAGUCUACGACGAUAUGAAUGUGCAGUCUCCUCAGAAAGAUGAGAGUCUAGUGGAUAUUAUCCGGAAUCGAAUCCAGGAGACAGAUGGAGAGUUCUUGUUCACCAAGCAGGAGCUAUCUGAGCCCCCUCGGUGGACAGCCCUUUUUGAUGGCAGCCAUGACAUAGUUGUCCAGAGAAAUGUCCUGACACCAGAUGGCAGCAACAAGCUUGCCCUAACAUCACCAGGGAAAGCCAAGAAGAGGCCGGCACCCCCUCCAUCCUCCACCCUUGGGAAAACAGCCAUUCCAUCUAGGGGAUCUCCACCCAGAAUGGUGCCAGAAAGAGAACACCUGGAGAGUCCCACAUCUUUCUGAUGUAGGGAGUGAACUGCCCUUUUUCCUGGAUGAUACAACAGUCUUGGCUCCUCCCAGACAACGGUCAGCAAAUCAGGCUGAAGAUGUGGUCCAGGUAGUAACUAAGUUGG